UCAGUAGUCAACUUCACCUGCAACAGUAGGUAGAAUGGCAUCCGCGCCGACAGGUUGAUUCGCCACCAGCACUUGUAAGUACGCUACCUACCUGGUAGUGUCACUCAAAUCAACUUGUGCUGGGAGCAACUUCCACUCAUAUAGGCGCCGCUUCUUCUAGAACACCCCGGUAAUCUGUAUUACACCCUGAAGCAAAACACUGUCCGACACCUUUCCAUCCUCUUACCAUCAUUCGAGAUACUAGAGGUCAUGGAUUCAACGACUCCAGCUGUACCAGAUACGGGGGAAGCCGCCAACCCCCCACCUGUUAUAUUCAAGUCAAGGGGAAUGCGCGCCAAAGCAAAUCUCCGGAAAAGAGCAGCCCCAGCCGCGGCGCCAUCAACCGAAAAAGGUUCUUCCGAUAACUCGUCAGACAACUCAGACAGCUCCUCGGACGAGAGACCGUCAAUAGCAAAGCGCCGACGCCACGGCAAUCGGGGUGUUACGUCUACCUCGGCAAACAAGGAAGCUACAAACACAGUCUCCCCCGCUGCUUUUGAAGCCGACCGGAAGGUUCCGUUGACCGACACAAAUGACGCCACAAAGCGCAGCGACUGGUAUGAUGAGCCCACCAAGAAGGGCCCUGUCCGGUCCUCCACAAAUGUUCGCAUGACCAUCACGACCGAUUUCGCUCCGGAUGUCUGCAAAGACUAUAAGAAGACGGGCUGGUGUGGAUUUGGCGAUGCCUGCAUAUUUCUCCACGACCGAAGUGACAUGAAACAAGGGUGGCAGCUUGACCGGGAAUGGGAGACGGUUGCAAAAGGCAGGAAUGAUCUUGGAGGCACUGUGGUCUCGAGCGCCACGCAGAAGAGCAAAGACAAAGGGAAUGGGAAGGUCAACAAGCCCGGGUCUGGCAACCAAGCACAAGACGAUGACGACGACGAAAAGAUGCUAGAAAAGAUACCCUUUGUCUGCAUCAUAUGUGAAAAGCCAUACAAGUCCCCCAUCGUAACGAGAUGUGGGCACUACUUUUGCGAACCUUGCGCCCUCAAGAGGUAUAGGGAAGACCCGUCAUGUAAGAACUGUGGUGCUGCGACAGGCGGAGUCUUCAAUACAGCGACUAGGUUGGAAAGGUUAUUGAAACGAAAGAGGGAAGCUCAAAUAGAAACCUAAUACUCUAUAUAAUAAAAGAAGAAAUCCGACAUAA